AUGAGUCACAAUCAGUUUACUAAAGUGAUGCAAGAUGAGUUUUUGGCUGUUUUGGACCGAAAACUAGAAGAUAAAUUGAAACCGAUCUUGCGGGUCAUUGAUGACCUUGCCAUUAGUGUGCAAUAUAUGAGUGAUAAUUUUGAUUCAAUAUCCAAAAGAAUCGAUGAUCUAGACGAGAAAUAUAAAUCAGUGAUUGAUGAAAAUAAGUGUCUGAAAGCGGAAGUGUUACGACUUUCACAGAUGAUGAGCAAGCAAGAAGAGGACAUUAAUAACUUACAACAAUAUACAAGAAGAGACUGUGUAGAAAUCGCUGGUUUGCCACGACAAAUGGGAGAGAAAACUAAUGACUUAGUUAUCAAAGUUGGUUUGCUAAUGGGUUUAAGUCUGGAUGAAUCAGACAUUUCAACCAGUCAUCGUUUACCGCAACCUACAAAUAGAAAUGAGAGUUAUGCUGCUAGGCUAAGACCCAGAGAUGGAGCUAAUAUCAAUCCUCCUAAGAUUAUUGUCAAGUUUGUACGAAGAGAGACGAAGGAAGCUUUCUAUUAUGGGCGAAAGCUUUUGGCUGACAAAUCAGCUCAAGAUAUUGGUCUGGGGAGAUUGUCCAAUGGUAGAAUCUACAUAUCUGAGAGCCUUAGUCCUAAGAAUAAAGAUCUUUUUGGAAAAUGUCUGAAAUUUAAAAGAGACCAUGGCUUUAAAUUUAUAUGGACUCAUUCAGGCCGUAUUUAUCUGCGAAAGGAUAAGGAUUCACCAGCCCAUAUAAUCUCAAAGGUUCAAGAUUUGGAAAAUGUGUGA